CUCAGGUGAUUGGUACCUUGAGGGUCGUUUUAACGUUAACGUUGAGGGUUUUCCAACUAUUUUUAACCUUUAUACAUACUUCAACAUCAUUCGCCCUUCGAUCUUGAUCAAGCUAAAGAAUCUUCUGUAUCAAGGGUUAUUUCUCAAACAAAAAAGUUAUAGGUAGCUACACUCCAAUCAUACUAUCUUUUUGUUUUCUUCUGUACACCCAUUACCAACUACGUUAGUCUUUGAGAGAAAUUUCAAAUCAAGGUAUAAGCUGAACAUUGAGGAGUUUGACUACACUUCUAUUACUCAAAAUUUAUGGAGCUCACUCUACAGCUAGUUCAAACCGGUACUAUUACAUUUGGAUACCAGCUUCGAUGUUCAUGUAAUCAUCAUCUGAUUUUAAACCUUCUAAGCUCAAUUCUCGAUGCUAACUUCCAUACAAUAGUACAAAUUGAAGUGGAGGUAAACUCAACAAAGCACUAGAUUGGAUUAGAGUCUUAAACAACAUACGGGUAUCAAUCUUGAAUUUUGGCCAUCAUUUCUGUUUAGUGCCAUAUUAUUGAGCAAAAUUUAAUCAAGCAUGAUGCAUUGACUUGAGCAAUAGUUCCAGAUGAAUUAAGCUAAAGAACCGAAUCAAAACAACAUCCUCUUUGGUCUGUUGUCAAUUACUUGAACUCAACCAGAUUUCCAGAUCUUUGAAUAGAGCUUGUCAAUGUCUUUGUUCAAGAUUAAACUGUGCUUCAAUGUAAAUCUUCAUUACAAGACACUCUUCUGGUAACACAUUUGAACAAGGAACAAGGCGAUGGUCGAGUGCACGGCGUAAAGAGCUCAACUAAUAAGCAACAAGAGAAGAGUAAUCUCAAAUGGCCCACUAGGUU